CAUCACCCUGGGGAAGAGAAGCAGUGCAGAGCUUCUCACUCUCAGGAAAGCCUCUUCUCUGCCAAGACCACGAAGCUCUGUGUGGCUGUCCUCUCUCUCCUUGUGCUAGUGGCUGCCUUCUGCUCUCCAGCGCUCUCAGCACCAAUGGGCUCAGACCCUCCCACUGCCUGCUGCUUCACUUACAUCCCAUGGAAAAUUCCUUGCAACUUUGUGAUGGAUUACUACAAGACCAGUAGCCUUUGCUCCCAGCCCACCAUGAUAUUCCAAACCAAAAAGAGCAGACACGCCUGUGCCAACCCCAGUGAGGCCUGGGUCCAGGACUACAUGAAUGACUUGGAGCUGAACUGAGCCACUCCAGGGACAGGGGCAGCAGGUCUCCAGGAAAGGUACCUGAGCCUGACACUUCUCACUGAGACGCACCCUCUCCAUGUU